GCUUGUUCAUCACUAUUCUUAUCAGUUUCAUUUUGUCCGUUCCGGUCGGAACCUUUGAGGCAUUAGUCAAUGCUGUAUCAUUGCAGAAAGACCGCGUAAUGUUUUGUUGACUUGUUGCAAGGCUCGUAUCAGAUAUCAGAUUAUCCCUAUCGCCUGCAUUCUUGCCUGUUCUCAGUUGUCGCACGGCAGUUCACCAUGAUCUCUUCACCGGACUGUCACAAGAAACCCUCAAUUCUCAGAAACAUACAACUUGGCCAGUUUCUGUCUCAUCUACACAGAACAAUUGAGUCGCGGGAAGGUCGAGAUGUAGUCCUUCUAUUUGCUGGCGAAGCCAUACGCCUGGUCACCUUCAUCAUGGACCUAUUAGCAUCUUACCUCCAAAGACUGCAGAGUCAAAGAUUGAGAGGUCUCUCCGAAUCAUCCUUCACAAUAUCUCACAUCAACUCGAUGGCAACAUCAACAACACGAGUCGCAAACUGUUCAAGAGCACUUUGUGCAAUGCUUGAUGAGUGGCAGAUAAUGAAUCGCCUCUUCGGGGUCUUGGAUAUGUGGAAGGCAGCCAGAGAUCUCAUUAAACGAGUCUCCGCCGAGAGAUCAGCAGGAAAACCCAUGAAAAAGCUGGAUAUUGGAAUCCAAACUUCACAAAUACUCUGCCUCACAUCAUUCCACGUCUCCGAAGCAAUUGGUUUCCUCUCAGCAAGGGGAAUUCUCAAACGCUCGGCCAAAUCAGAAGAAAAGUUAACAUUCCUCGCAAUUCGCUCCUGGGCGGCGUUUACAAUGAUUGAGAUUGGUCGUUUGUCACUGGAUUGGAUUAACACUAUGCAGGAUAAGGAAAAACUGGCGACAAAGACAUGGAAGGCAAAAUGGAAGAGCGAUAUGCUUCAGAAUUUGGCUUGGGCUAGUGUUGCCACUCAUUGGAGUCUGAGAAAUGGUUUGAUACCCGAGGCUUUUGUUUCGCCGCUGGCGGUGUUUGCGACGUGGAGUUUGGUCAAAGAUGCUUGGAAGAAUGCGGCUUAA